ACCUACUCACAGGCUGGCGUCCCCUGGUAACUCUUCUAACUACAAGUAAUAUUUGGGUUAGAGAAUGUUAAUGUUAAGGUUAGUGUCAGAUUUGGGGGUUUUGACAUUGUUCGGGUCUAUAAAUCUUUAACGUAUGCAGAGAGAAAGCGCUACCCGAGAGACAAACUCAGGGCAAUCAACAUUAUUACAAUAGUGGUCUUGCCUGUGAUGUGUUUACGGAGCUGAGGCUGACAGGCAGUGUUGUUGGUGUGUGUGUCAGGCCUACUACCUGUAGUUAGCCGUACCAGUGACCACCAAAGACGACAGUGAAGAGUAAAAUCUGUGGACCGGUAAUGCAUUGAGGCGACAAUGGAGACCACAGGCAGUGCCACUGAGGGCGAGCCUCUGAAGAGGGUAGAGGACGGGGCAGAGACAGGAACAGGAACAGCACCAUCAGCAACAGAGCUGAAGAAGAAGAGUUGUAAGGAAGUCUUGGGUUUUGCCAAACUGACCCACUGGCGAACCGCAGUCUUCUUCCUCUCCUUGUUCAUCUGCCUCACCAUAGUGUUUGCCUUCUCCUUCAUCAUCCCCUGUCCUGUCAGACCACAGUAUCUCAUUACCUGGAAUAGGACUUUCUCUGAAGCAGCAACCUAUGACUUCUUAGCUAUUGAAGAUGCAAGCAAGGACAAGGUGAUGGAUGUCAUGUUUGUCCUCAGAAACACAGAAGGCAGUCAGAACAAUACAUGUGCUGAUGCAGGUCUGCCCUCGCCAUGUGUGUUUGUGUUAGCAGUGGAUGGGACAGAUGGAGAGACCCUGUGGGAGCGUCCGCUGGAUCCUGAGUUCCACUGGGCCCAGUGUGGUCUGGACAAAGAAACAAGUGGAACCUGGGACUGUCUGCUGUCCCAUUCUGACCAACUCACAGCUGUUGACAAAUACACUGGUGAUGUCAGGUGGCAGCAGCCUCAGCCCCCUGGUCUGCACAGCACUGUGCCUGUUCUUAGUGUCCCAGAUUUGGAUGGGGAUAAGAUCAGCGAUGUGGCUCUGGUGUCAUCUGGCAACACACAGACUCAGCUGGUAUUCCUCUCAGGUAAGACGGGUGUCCAGAUUGGUUCUACGGUGGCUCUUGACUCCACAGAGACAGCCAAUCAUCUUCUCCAUCGCACUACAGAAGGUUCUCACUAUGUACUACUACAAAAAGACACUGGUUUGUAUGGACUGGCACUGUGGAGGAUUGCUGCCAAGGCUAAAGCAGGGAUGGAGGUGGGCCUCAAGAAGGAUAAACACUGGGAGAAGAAUGCCAGUGCAACAUCUGGCCUUGUACCCGUCUACGAGUCUGACUCAGUGAAACAGGUGCUCAGAACAGGAGAGACAGAUGAUUCACCCAACCUUCUGCUUGUGACUGGGAAGGAGGUGGCAUCAGUCGAUGGCAAAAAUUUGCAGCUACUGUGGAGAUUCAAUACCAGCUCAGUCCUCAGUGAGCCCUCCUUUGGGCACUUUAACAAAGACGGGCUACUUGAUGUUGUGGUUGAGGAGGACGUUGGCAACUACACAAAGAGGGUAAUAAUCCUUGAUGGGAAGUCCGGUGGUGUGCUGUGGGAAGUCAACCUUUUGGCCAGUCCUAACUCACCGAGACCCGCCUCAAUACACACUACCAACUCCUUCUCAAUCUUCGUGUUUUGGGGCAAGAUGCCCUCAGAGACCAACUCAUCUGAAUCAUUAACUAGUGACCGACGUUCCUACAUGCUCCAUCCUCUCUAUUCUAGAGUUCUCCUUGAGUCAACCAGUUCCAUGGAACACAUCAUAACAUUUAAAGCCACGCUGCUGGAACGUGGACGCCAUGCUGCCUACAUCCUGCUGACAGGUCCUGGGACAGAGGGAGCUGAAGGCACUGUGGUCCUCAGCAAGCGGAAGAUGAAGCAGGAAGUCCCUAACAGCAAUGUACUCCGCAUUGGCACCGGCGGAGGUUCAGAGACCAAUGAAGACAUCAAAGAGGCCUUCAACCGUCUCCGCUUCAGCGAAUGGUGAAAGGACAAACUGUAACAUGCACAGUACAUCCUCAGUGUUCAAACCAUUUUGGCACAGCCGGCUGUACGGUGGCUUAACUUGACUCUAAAAACCAAAGUGUGUACACUAGCUAUGACUUUCCAACUGCUGACAACCAAAACAAAUUCCUUUGUUUAGAGACUUGGAUUGACUUGUUUUGACAGGGUUCUUCCAUUAAUCUUCAUGGAACAAACCAAAGAGCUACUGUUCCCUGACAAUCACACCGAUUGCUGUUCUCCUGCUGAUAAAUCUACAAACAGGACCUGCCUUGCUGUAUUGUUUCUAGCACUUUCAUGCAUCAAUGCAAUGCUCUUUUUUUUAAUUGCAGAGGCUGGAUUAUUAUUUGGAUCUAUGCAACUUUAUGCCCCACUGGGCUUUAAAGGUAGCAGACUCAUGCCACAAGAGGGGGUAGUUCCUGUGUAUUUCAAAUUAUAGUAGCCCUAAAGGAAUGGUUACACAAUCAUAGGGCUGCUUUUCUUUUGGUAAAUGUUCUCAGACUGUACAGUAAAACAGACAGACGUACAUUGAUGUGAGUGAUGAUUUUGUUAUGCAUCCUGUUCGUGAAGGUAUUGGUAGGGCAGUCUUGUAGUCAGUGGUACUGUUGUUGAUAAUCAAGAUGUGUGUCUGUAUUCAAUCCAAGAUAAGCUGUAACUAGCAAUACUCUUUAAUGCACACUGACUAAACCUAUGAGGCACUUCAUGCUGAGUCUCAAAGGUUCUCCAUUAUGAGUUACUGCUGUGGGUUUACGGCUCCUUAUAAAGCUGUUUUUUUUCCUCAGUGAUUUAAAUAAAGUAAGUAAAUAAGUGAAAUUAAGGUUCCUGUUUUUGCUGUACAUGAAUAUAUUGAACCUGUGGGACAGCUUUUCCUUCUGACUUUAUAUUUGAAUUUGAGCAAUAUUAAACUAUGUUAAAAGAA